AUGAGAAAUCUUUCAAGCACUUCACCUGUCCAGUCUUCUAAUCAUAAUAUUGCUUCACUCUAUUUGGAACCAAUGGAACCAAAAAUGGAAACCAGUCAUUUUCAGGAGGAACUAAAAAUUGGUAAAAUCAUAGCCGAAAAUCUCGUCGAAGAUGGUGCUACUCUUCAGUUAGGCAUUGGCGCAAUUCCCGACUCAACAUUAAUAGCAAUGAAAAAUCACAAAGAUCUGGGAGUGCAUACAGAGAUGCUUGGUGAUGGAGUCGUGGAUUUAAUCAAAUCUGGGGCCAUCAAUAACUCUAAAAAAUCGGUUAUGCCGGGAAAGGUUGUAACAAGUUUUGCAUUUGGAACACAAAAGUUCUACAAAUUCCUGAAUGAAAAUCCAAUGAUUCGUGAGUUUUCUGCUGUAAUCGUUACAGAAAAGAGAAAUUCCUCAGAUUUCGAUUGCUGUAGUUGGACUAACCAUUCUGAUGUCAUAAGAGCUAAUUCCAAGAUGACGUGUAUCAACUCUGGUAUCGAGAUCGAUAUCACAGGACAGAUUUGCUCCGAUUCCAUUGGGAAAGCUUUUUACUCGGGUUUCGGUGGACAA